ACCUCGCGGGCCCCCACUUCCCCCCACAGUGCCUAGCCAGCCCCACUGAGCAUUUUCCUAUGGGUUGCUUCCUUCCUUGUGCAGGGCAGCCGGGGCUACUAUGUCAUUGUUACCCCCCCCCCGCUGAGGCAGGGCAGCGUCUGCAACGCGCAUGCGCACCACUAGAACGCGUGCUCAUCAACUGCCUUUCCCUUAACGGCUAGAGCCGCCUCGUUUCUCUUUCCCCACGAUUUAAAUAUGCUAAUGAAGGGUCUUCGGAAGUCCUAUGGCGGGGCAGGGAAGCGGUCACGUGGCUUGGGGACGUUCCUGUAGGGGCGGCGCCCGACCUGCCCAGGCUGCCUUAAAAGCGGGCUGCGAGCGAGGAAGCGCCUCAGUCAGAGAGAGAAAGUACCCGGGUGGGUGGAUCGCGGCUGCUCCGCCUGAAACUUCUGAGUAACAUCAACAGGGCAGCCGUGCAGCCCUGUCCGCCUUCUUCUCAUAAAGCAGCUCGAGCGGGCCCCUCACACAAAGGCGAGCAGGGCAGCUCCCUGGAGGGGGGUGGCGGGGAGGCGCUCCUCCCGGUGCAGAGCACUCACAGCUCCUACUGCCCGUCCCCCGUGUCUGCCCCCCGCCCCCGUCCAUGUAGCCGCCGGCCCCGCUGCUGCUCCGCACUAUGCCCAUCUUACUCUUCCUGAUAGACACGUCCGCCUCCAUGAACCAGCGCACCCAUCUGGGCACCACCUAUCUGGACAUAGCCAAAGGCGCUGUAGAGACUUUCAUGAAGCUCCGCGCCCGGGACCCCGCCAGCAGAGGAGACAGGUACAUGCUGGUCACUUUCGAGGAGCCUCCCCACGCGAUCAAGGCUGGCUGGAAAGAAAACCAUGCAACCUUUAUGAAUGAAUUGAAAAACCUUCAAGCUGAAGGACUUACGACUCUUGGCCAGUCUCUAAGGACAGCUUUUGAUUUAUUAAACUUAAAUAGAUUAGUAACUGGCAUAGACAACUAUGGGCAGGGAAGAAACCCUUUUUUUCUGGAGCCAGCAAUAAUUAUAACAGUUACUGAUGGGAGUAAAUUAACUACCACGAGUGGGAUACAGGAUGAGCUCCAUUUACCUCUCAAUUCUCCUUUACCUGGAAGUGAAUUGACUAAGGAACCUUUUCGCUGGGAUCAGAGACUAUUUGCUUUAGUUCUGCGUUUGCCUGGCAUCACAACUCCAGAAUCAGAGCAGAUAGCAGGUGUGCCCGUUGAUGACUCAGCAAUCACACCUAUGUGUGAAGUCACAGGAGGUCGCUCGUAUUGUGUGUGUUCUCCAAGAAUGCUGAAUCAGUGUCUUGAGUCACUGGUUCAAAAAGUGCAAAGUGGAGUAGUAAUAAACUUUGAAAAAUCUGGACCAGAUCCUUCACCAACUGAAGAUGGACAGAUGGAUAUAGCUAGGUCAUUUGGACCCCACCCUUGGCACAGCUGUCACAAACUUAUCUAUGUCAGACCAAACCCUAAAACUGGAGUUCCCAUAGGCCACUGGCCUGUUCCAGAAUCCUUUUGGCCAGAUCAAAAUUCUCCAACAUUGCCACCUCGCACAUCUCACCCUGUAGUGAAGUUCUCCUGCACUGACUGUGAACCAAUGGUCAUUGACAAACUACCUUUUGAUAAAUAUGAGUUAGAACCUUCACCGCUGACCCAAUUUAUUCUGGAAAGGAAAUCUCCUCAGACCUGCUGGCAGGUGUAUGUGAGCAAUAGUGCAAAAUAUAGUGAAAUUGGCCAUCCUUUUGGUUACUUGAAAGCCAGUACAGCACUGAAUUGUGUGAACCUGUUUGUGAUGCCUUACAAUUAUCCAGUCCUCCUUCCCCUCUUAGAUGACUUAUUCAAGGUACACAAGGCAAAGCCAACCUUAAAAUGGCGGCAGUCAUUUGAAAGCUAUUUGAAGACAAUGCCUCCUUACUAUCUAGGGCCUUUGAAGAAAGCUGUGAGAAUGAUGGGAGCGCCUAACCUUAUAGCAGAUGGUGUGGAAUAUGGACUUAGUUACAGUGUCAUUGCAUACCUCAAAAAGUUGAGUCAACAGGCCAAAAUAGAGUCCGAUAGAGUCAUUGGCUCUGUAGGCAAAAAGGUAGCGCAAGAGACUGGAAUUAAGGUCAGAAGCAGAUCACACAACCUGUCUAUGGCACAUAGGAACGAUUUUCAACAACUGCUACAGGGGAUUACUGGGGAAAUUCCUCAUAGACUUCUAGACCUCAAUAUGAAGGAGUAUGCUGGGUUCCAAAUAGCUUUGCUGAAUAAGGAAUUGAAACCUCAGACCUUUAGAAAUGCUUAUGAUAUACCCAGAAGGAAUCUUUUGGAUCACUUAACAAGAAUGAGGUCUAAUCUUAUGAAGAUAACUCGCAAGUUUCUCAAAGGACAAGAUGAAGAUCAAGUUCACAGUGUACCAAUAGCACAAAUGGGAAAUUAUCAGGAGUACCUAAAACAGAUACCAUCUCCUCUUCGAGAGCUUGACCCUGAUCAACCCCGAAGGCUACAUACAUUUGGUAAUCCAUUUAAAUUGGACAAGAAGGGAAUGAUGAUAGAUGAGGCAGAUGAAUUUGUAUCAGGGCCUCAAAAUAAACACAAACGACCUGGAGAACCAAAUAUGCAAGGGAUUCCUAAAAGACGUCGGUGUAUGUCACCCCUUCUCAGAGGCCGGCCACAGACUCCUCCUGUCAUGAACAAUCACGUUGGAGGAAAAGGGCCACCUACACCUGUAACACAAGCACAGCCAGAUCUUGUUAAACCUAUUCCUAUUCACAAAACUUCAGAAACCAAUAACGAGAUUGCAGCGGAUGAUGUGAUUGAGAAUCAUGUUGCAGACCCACUUUCAUCAGAUGUUUUUCCAAAUGCUAUGGAUUCUGACUUUUCAGUGUCCCCUUCUCCAUUCAAUUCAUUGGAUGGACCAACAACUCAUUCAGAGGAUCUAGGCCAUGAACAUUUAGGAAUUAAUAACCUUAACAUCGAUGAAUUUAUGAAAAAUGAAGAGUCGGGUGGUAAAGAGCGAAGUACUCAAGAAAACUUGCCAGCAUCUUCGCCCAACAAAGGGAAAAAAGUGAUACAUUCCAGAAGUGCGAGAGAGGUUAAUAUAGAACUAAAAGCACAAAUUAUGAAGGAGAUUAGAAAACCGGGAAGAAAAUAUGAAAGAAUCUUCUUUUUACUGAAGCACGUACAAGGCAGUUUACAAACACGACUGAUAUUUUUACAGAAUGUUAUUAAAGAAGCCUCAAGGUUUAAAAAACGAAUGCUGAUAGAACAGCUUGAGGGUUUUCUGGAAGAAAUCCAUCGCAGAUCCAACCAAGUCAACCAUAUCAACAGCAGCUAAGAGAUGUUUUACACAUAGAAAAGCCACAGUAGGGCACAGCUGUAUUACCUGCAUUCAUUUUUGACAUGCACUCUUGGCUCAAGUCCCCAUCUGAAAGACUAAAAGCUGCUCUCUAGUAUGAUGGAAAAAGUAUACGUAAUCUUUUUCUUCAUUUCUGUUAUUUUUGUAAUGUGAAAAAUAUCACUAAAAGCAUUUUUAUUUAACAAACUAAAAAUAGAGAAUUUCUUGCUUGUCAUUGACUUAAAUGUCACUUUCCCUCAGGUUCUAUUUUCUUAACCCAACCUUCAAAACUAUCAUCUCUGUUAAGGUUGAACUUUGCCAAAAAAAAGAAAAGAAAAAAAAAAAAGUUGCUUUGUAAUUUUCAAAAAAAGCACAUACAUUAAACAAGGUAAUGUUUUGUAUAUACAGUUAUUUUGGAUAUAUUAUUGUAAGUUGUACAAAUGUAUUUUGAAAAAUAUUUAAGAAAAGCACUUUUGUUAUUCCAUCAAUAAAAAAAACCCUCUAUUUUAA